GGUGUGCUGUGUCCCGUAGCGCGGACACAGCGGAUCACCGAUCCACGGAAAGAGACGAAGAUGUCAGCUCGGUCAUGUGAUCAGCUGUGUCCAAUCACAGCUGAUCACAUCAGUGCCACCUGUCAGUGUCCAUCAGUGCCAGUUCUCAGUGCUCAUCCAUGCCACCUGCCAGUGCCCAUCUGUGCCACAUUUCAGUGUCCAUCAAUGCCACAUAUCAAUGCCCAUCUGAGCUGCCUUUCAGUGUCACCCAUCAGUGCCAGUCAGUGCCACCUAUCAAUGCCAGUCAGUGCCACCUAUCAGUGCUGCCAAUCAGUGCCACCUAUCAGUGCCAGUCAGUGCCGCCUAUCAGUGUGCAUCACUGCCAUCAGUGCUGCCUAGCAGUGCCGCCUAUCAGUGCCAUAUAUGAGUGCUGCCUUUCAGUGCCCAUCAGUGAUGCCUGUCAAUGCCCAUCAGUG